AUGAUCAAAACAGAGGAGCACAUGGAUACCUCAGCUUCGAUGGUGGACGUCAACGAUGAUCAGGGUCUCAUUGGCGGUCCUGUCGGUAGUGGUGGUGGAAACCAAAACGAUUCGUCCUCCGGUUACCACUACCGGCCACUUUCGUCCAAUAUCGUUAUGGCUACGCCGCACAUCAUCGAAAAUCCCGCCCUGCAAGGAUCUCUUACGCAGGAUGAUGGAAGAUCGUGUGGCCCGAUGGUGAACCAUUCAUACCAUCACACGUUCCAUCACCACACGCCAACCGUUGUCCCUCAUACCGUGCAGCAUCAUGGUCAUUUUCACCAGCAGCAACAACAUCAGCAGCACCAGCAGCAGCAUCAUCACCAUCAGCAGCAGCAUCAGCACCAUCAGCAGCAUCAGCAAGGGAUAGAUGUAAAGAAUGAAAUGGAUGAUCGGAGCUCACCGUCAUCGGGCGUGGGUUAUCCGGUGAACGUGGAGCUAAAGCUGGAAGGUGAUGGUGUGAAGAUCCCUUCGAUGUAUCAUCCACAUCAUCAUGCUCAUCAUCAUCAUCAUCAUCUGCACCAUCCAUCUCCGCACGCGUUCGAUAAGCUGCCGUCGUAUUACAUCAACCACCGAUCGCCGUAUCUCAUCUCGCAGAUCAACGACCCGGAACCGGCGAGUGUCGAGGGCGUGGGGCUGGGUGAUAGUGUUCGGGGGGCCACCGGGGCCUACCUGCUCGAAGGGUCCAUCAACACGCUCAAGCUAAACGGCGAACCGAUGGCCAGUGCCGCCUCGCCGUCGGUAAUGAUGGGUUACGGCGGAUCUUCAGGUGAGCUUGCGUUGGGCUCUCUUGCGGGCCAUCAGCAGCGCACGCGCAGCAAUGGAAGUAGUGCAAGUGCCGGCAACGUAUCGCCCAGCUCGUCGACGAUCGUAUCCAACCCGUUCGCCAGCCAAAGCUCGCUACAACAGCAGCACACCCAGCAACAGCAUCAUCAGCAACAGCAGCACCAUUACCAUCUACAGCACCAACAGCAGCAGCUACACUCGACCGCAUCGUCCGACUCGGCGAUGGGCGGUGAAUCGAGUCCCAACCUCACCACGGCGGACUCCGUUGGGCUCGGACAACAUCCGGCACACGGACCGGUGGCUUCGAGCACGAGCGGUGGACACAUCACCAUCAACGCCGCCGGCACAUCGGUUCACCUGCCCAAGUCGACCUCGGCCUCACCGAUUUCGCACAUCGGUUCGCCUGGCUCGGUGUCCAUCUCGCCACCGAUCGGUGGAGCGGGGGGAGGAUCCUCGCAUGGCCGGAAAAACGCAACGAAUGCUGGCGGCGGAGAGCAGCAGCUCAGCAGCACGACGGGGAACGGCGUUUCCGGCGGGAGCUCGACCACCGAUGGGCAGAAAAAACCGACCGGAGGCCGACGGCAGGAAAAGCCGCAGCUAAGCUACAUCAACAUGAUCGUGAUGGCGAUCAAGGACUCGCCGCACCGACGCCGGACGUUGAGCGAAAUCUACAAGUAUCUGCAAUCGAAGUACGAAUUCUUCAACGGCGAGUACAACGGUUGGAAGAACUCCGUCCGGCACAACCUCAGCCUGAACGAGUGCUUCAAGAAGCUGCCGAAGGAGUGCGGCAAGCCGGGCAAGGGCCACUACUGGACGAUCGACGCGUCGGCGGAGUACAUGUUCGAGGACGAGGGCAGUCUACGCCGGCGGCCGCGUGGAUUCCGCCGGAAGCAGCAGCUGAAGGGGUACGGCGCCGGCAGCGCCUUCUACCCGGCCGGAAACAGUGGCUACGAGAUCGCGGAGCUGUCGGGCGGUUACCUCUCGCAGCCGUACGGAGGUUACGCCGACUACGCCAGCAUACCACCCCCGUCGGCGGUGAUGGGAGCGUCGGCGGGUGCCAGCGGUGUCGCGGGGGCAGUAGUGCAAGGCAGCGGAGGAUACACGGAACCGGCGUCCGCCUCGUCUUGGCACUAUCCGGCCGCCGAUAGCCUGAGCCAGUACUCGAAGAUCACCCACACGUCGCUGCACGAUGCAUCGCUGCAAACUCCCGGAUCUCCGGAGCAUCAGGCGCAGGGGACGGUGCUGGAGUACGGGGGCUACACCUUUACCAGCGCGACCGGAUCACCUUACGGCCUAGAUGCAGGUUUAAAGAUGGCGUCGCUGGCGCAAAUGGCACCGCCUACCACGUCCGCCGGUUCGACCACACCUGGCACACCUUCAUCCGUGACUGCCGCCGGAAGUUCACCGUCGCUUGCUUCGAUGCUAAUUGGCAGUCCGGGAGGCGGCACGGCGUCCACAUCGGGAAGCAACGAAACGUCCUCGAUCGGUGGUGGGGAAAACGACUCUGUAUCGAUGGACUGCAAGGCGGCCAACAACAACGCCUACAACGUCGGUGGUGGAGUGCACCCGAUGCUUCAAUCAAACAACGGCCCGCCGUCGUCGAGCAGUGGAUCUUCGCCGACCUCCGGACAGCUGAACCACCAGCCGAAUCACAACCUUAACAAUCACCAUCAUCACCUGUCACACCUGUCGCAGACACACCCUCACCAUCCCGCACACACUUCGCACCAUUCGCACGGGCACCUGCAUCAUCAUCAUCAUCACCAUCACGGCAAUCACCUGAACCUUGCCGCACCCUACUGA